AUGACCCUGCGGUGCCUGAAGCCCUCCGGCAAUGGCGCGGAAGGGACACGGAGCCAGUGGGGGACCGCGGGGUCCGAGGAGGAGCCGUCCCCGGAGGCGGCGCGUCUGGAGAAGGCCUUGCGGGAGCUCAGUCAAUCAGGUUGGUACUGGGGAAGUAUGACUGUGAAUGAAGCCAAAGAGAAAUUAAAAGAGGCACCCGAAGGAACUUUCUUGGUUAGAGAUAGUGCGCAUCCAGGCUACCUACUAACAAUAUCUGUUAAAACAUCAGCUGGACCAACUAAUCUGCGAAUCGAAUAUCAAGAUGGGAAAUUCAGAUUGGACUGUAUCGUGUGUGUCAAGUCCAAGCUGAAGCAAUUUGACAGUGUGGUUCACCUGAUCAACUACUAUGUUCAGAUAUGUAAGGAAAAGCUGACAGGCACAGAAGCCCCCCGGGACGGCACGGUUCUCCUUCAUCUGUCCAAACCGCUCUACACAUCAGCACCACCGCUGCAGCAUCUCUGCAGACGCACCAUCAACAAACACACCCGGACCAUCUGGGAACUGCCUUUACCAAGAAGACUGAAAGAGUACUUGGAAGAAUAUAAAUUCCAGGUAUAA